UUUCUCUUUCUCUUUCUUUUUCUAUCUCUCUCUCUCUGUGAUUAAUAUAUUGUGUGGUCUUAGGCAGAUAUUAUGAAGCAAAACCUUUGUUUUUCUGCUCUUAUAAUCCUGAUCCUUCUUAUUUUCUCCUCAAACACAUCUGCCCGUUUCAUACUGCACAAACAAGGACUAGAGGAGGUAAAGGUGAAGGAAAUUGCUAGUGAAGUUUCUACUGAACAGGUGGAGGUCAGUGAGUCCAUGCAUAAUCUAAUGGGCAUAGAGGCAUGUGAGAAUGGUGAUGAAGAAUGUUUGAAGAGAAGACUAAUUUCAGAGGCUCAUUUGGACUACAUUUACACCCAGGAGCUUAAGCCUUAAGCCUUCCCCCCUUUUUCAAGUUCCAUGGCUUCUUUCAUUCUACUUAGACUUAGUUUUCCUCUAUAUCAUAUAUAUGUUCUCUCAAUAUUCUUCUCAAUCCACAAUUCAUUUUGGCUUA